ACCCCCUCGCGUAAGUCGUUAUUGUCGUUAGCUUGACACUGCAGCGAUAGAUUCGCUUGCACUCAGGUAACGUGUGUCCAGAAUGUAAACAAAUCAGGGGUUGUUCACGGCUUGCAGUCGUUGUAACAUGGCCGGGAGCGGCGGUGAGUGGCAGCAGGCGCGCCGUCGCAAGGGGGCAGCAAGGAGAGAGAAGCAGUGUCAAGCGGCUGACAGAGAUUUUGGGAAUGCAGAGGACAAGUCCCGAAUCCAGAGGAGAAUCACAGAGGCUAUAGCUGAGCUGAGGGGUGAAGAGUUCUGGCUGGAAUGGAAGGAGCUGCUGUCAGGCUCUCUGGCCUCAGAGAUCAUGGGGACCUUGGAGAAUGACUCUAGCCUCUACAGUGGUAAGCUUGACUGUGUGUGUUACGGACUGGGCAGCUUCUCUACCUGCAUUUCGUCUCGAUACCAGCUGGCCAUGCUUAUACUGCUGCUGGACACGCUGAGGAUACCUCCAGUGCAGUGCAGUGUGUUUGAUCCAGUCUUCUCCCCAGCGGAGCAUGAGGUGCUGCAGGCUCUAGGCUUCACCGUGUUGACGGAAAACGAGGAGGGCAAGAGGCCCGUGUCCAGACCCACGCUGUUUUACCUGAUCCAUUGUGGCAAGGCCCUGUACAAUAACCUGCUGUGGAGGAACUGGAGCCCCCAGGCCCUGCCUUGGCUCACCAUUGUGGGGAACAGCUUCCAUGGCAUCCAGGAGAGGAUGGUGCAACGGGACCUUCAGAGAGACUACAGCUUCAUUUCCGAUGUGAUCUGUGCUUGUGAGGAGACGGCCCUCCCUUGCUCGCCACGCUUUCUGGACGUGUUCAACGAUACUGUGUUACUACGGUUCCCACAUGAGCGCCUGGCCAGCCUGCCCCCGCACACCUGGACACAGCCCUCUGAACCUGAGUACCUGCACUGUGAGGACCUAGAGAUCAUACAGAGGGACCAGGGCAGCUGAGAGGAGUGCGGGUGACGGGUGACGGGAGGGAAAGCAAGAAGAACCCAAUGGGGUGAGAGGAGAACAGAGAACAGGACAAUUACCCUUAUCAGGCUGUUCGAUGUUUUGUGAGCCAGGUUUUUUUAGCAGUAUGAAUGACAACCAAAUACUAUCGCCUGUCAUGUUUCAUACAGAAACUCUUGGCUCACUGUUUGUGGAUGAGUCUGGAGGUGAAACAAGGUGGACAGAGGAUUUAGAGAAGUCUUGUGUGUUUAUGUUUAUUAUGUUAAAAUAUGUUUAUUGUUGAAAAUUGAAUUUUGGUCAUUCAGUUUUGUAUCUAGCCUUAACUUUUUAUUCUCUCUUGGAACUCAGUCACACCAAAGCAGUUAUUCAGUUAAACUACUGAAGUAUAAUUUAGAUUGUGGGCAUAAAGUUCACUUUGCCUACUCUAGUAUAAUUCAGUGACUGACAUCUCCAUACACUGGUAAAUCCACUUCAUCUGAACACAUAAUUGCAAAAAUAAAUAGUGCAUUUAGUGCAUA